AUAGAUAUAGUUAGUCCUGGAACAUGUGUUGUUUUUUAAACAUUUUUUCAUUAAAUAUGUUAAGUAUUGAGGGGGAGUGGGGGGGAAGUUUAACUUUUGUCAGAGGUUAGGAACCAGAAAAAAAGUUAAAAUUACACCUGUGAGUAAGCUGAGUCAUUAAGCUAAAAGAGCACUCUAUCCUGCACUCUUACAGAAAUUCCUGAAAACAUUUGUCUGGAAUACUUUUCAUGCAGUGAUAUUUGAAUUUAUCCCAAGAGAAAUGCAUUAGUCACCCCAGUUUUCAGUGUUUCAUCUUUUUUUUUUCUUUCUUUUUCCAUUGCUGGGAGAUGAUUUGGAGGACAGACAUACCAUUUAGAAAUAUUUCAUCUCUGGGGGAUUUGGGAGCAGCUAGGGUUAUUAAAUUGGGUGCCCAAAAGUUCCUUUCACCUGCUGACAUGUUCUUUGCAAUCUGCAGUCAAUUGAAAAGCAUUCACUAUGUCAAAAUUCUCAUUCAUAACCAGAAGAAAUUUAAAGCUACCUUAAAUAUGCAUAGAAAAAAGAUCCUUUCCUCUUCUUCUCUUAUUUUUCCUCCAGAAAAACAAUUCUCUCACAAUCAAACACCAUGUACUUAAAAUAAACAGCAGACUUGCCCCCACAGCCUUUUUGAGUAGGAGUGUGAAAAUCCAGUAUUGAGUAACCUACCUAUAAAAGUAAAACCUUUUUGCAGACAAAACAGAAGCCUCGAUUUAAUUCAUCACCAGACAUAACUAUCAGUCCUUGUGAUUUCUGGCAAAACUUCUGCAGACAUCCACUGCAGCAGAUGCUCCUCCAGACUGCAGGACCUCUCGGGAUGAGAAACUGGGACUGGGAGUAACUAUAUAUAAUAAUUCUUAACUGCUGAAACACACAAAUUUCCUUGGAAGCCUGUGACAGAACAAAGUUCUUACUACAGAAUACGAUCCCAAGUUAAAGAACUGACCUUGUGAAUGAGAGCUCAGUUUGGUUUAUUCCCUUUCACCUGCUCACUUGAGCAUUGUCACAGCACCAAGUGAUCCAUACUUCCCUUUCUGAUGUUUUAACUUAUUGUUUUGGCUGGGUGACUUCUGUUCUGUUCUGCAAUGUUCUGCUCAUCAUUCUUUGUUAAGUUUAUUCAGUUCUCCUUACAUGUACAACAACAUUAAUUCCAGGCAGGAAAUUUGCAAAUCCAAUAAAAAGGGAACUCCAAGCUCACACAGUACCUUGCUGCUGAUAUAAAACUCUUUGUACACUUGCUGAAAAAACCAACAUCCUCUUAGUCCAAAGGCAAUAGCCAACUCUGCCUGAAAAACAAUCCAGAUGGAAGCAAACUUCUCACUUCCAAACAGAAACGAGGGCUUUGGACCAGCACUUGUCUUCCCUGGACACUCAGGCUGAGCAUCCUGAGGGAGCCUGCACACCAUGAAAGCUGCUGGACAUGAGAGAUUCUGGUGACACCUAAACUUUUGUAUUUUAGAAGGUAAGGCUAAAUUCACAGCUCCUUUACCCACACACAAAAUGAAGCAGCUUCUUAGAAAAAGCAUUGAGUUGCAGGUGAGCACCAGCAACCAGGGCUCCUGAGAGCUGUUUGUGGAGGUUUCUGACAAGAGAAGGCACCCACAGCAGCAAAAAGCACAAAGAGCCCCAUCCUCCCUCCCACAGCUGCACUUUCACACCUGCUUCCUGUCAGCUGCCAAAAGAUGUUCCCUUCUUGGGGUUUGCUGACAGUGUUUCCACAUCAGAAACAUUUCUGAGAGGAGGGUGGAGACUGUCUUAAAAGAAAUUUUAAAAGCAAACAAACCCAAACAAGUAAACCUCCACCAAAAUUUAAAAACCAAGGAGGAAGGAAGUGCACACAGUGUUCUGUGAGGAAAUUUUGCAAUGCUGCAACAGCCAAGGAUCGGGCAGGGAUCCUGUAGGACCCAGGGAAGGCCUGCAGGGCUUGUUUUGCUGCCUUGUGAGUGGAAAGAAAUAAGAAAUAAGACGAGGAUUGCUGUUCAGUCAUCUUCUGUGUAAGCAAUUGUACAACAGGGCCUGGGGGCCUGCAGAAGGCAUUGCCCAUGCAUAGCUGACAUUUACUUCACCCAGAGUAAAAAACAUCUGCUUGCCAAGCCUGUCAUUAUGUAGCUUUGUAUUACUGAUUACUUCAUCAAAUUAGUCAUUGGGUUUGUUUAUGCAGUAGUGUUGAACUCAAAUUCUUUAUGAGAUUUGUACCUUCUAGUACAAGAUCUCACUUUCUUAUAGCUUAAUAUUUGAAGCUCAACUGAAAUAUUUUCUUAACAAUCUGGCUAGCUAUAAAUACUGAUUAACAUCUUAAAACUUCUACAGAUUUCAGACUUUUUUAGACUUUUUUUAGAUUAUAUUGCUGCUGAAAACACAGCCAGUGCCACGUACAUCCUUAGUCUCAGCUAUAUUAUCACUUGCCCUAUCUCUAGCAAAUAUGUGUCUCUUUGAUAUGGAUCAGUGAUCUCAUUAAUUCCUUUCCUAGAACAGUGCUGGAAAAACUACCCUAAAGGAGGAAGGUGGGGGUUGGUCUUUCCUCCCAAGCAGCAAGUGAUAGGACAGGAGGAAUCAGCCUCAAGUUGCACUGGAGGAGGUUUAGACUGGAUAUUAGGAAAAAUUUCUUCAUGGGAAAGGUUAGACAUUGGUUCAGGUUGCCCUGGAAGUGGUGGAGUCACCUGGAGGGAUUUAAAGACAUGGAGAUGUGGCACUUGGGGACAGGGUUUAGUGUUGACCUGGCAGUGCUGGAGGAAUGGUUGAACUUGAUGCUCUUAGAGGCCUUUUCCACUCUCAGGGACUCCCUGGUUCUGAACUGCAGGGCAGGAUGGCUCCACCACACAACUCAGGGGAGAAAGUGCUGCUCACAUCAGCCACAGCUCAGAAGAGCAGGACACAACAUCUGCCUGUGUCCCAAACUGCUGCUCAUCUCAGCCACAUCUCAGGACAGCAGGACACAACAUCUGCCUGUGUCCCAAACUGCUGCUCACCUCAGCCACAUCUCAGGACAGCAGGACACAACAUCUGCCUGUGUCCCAAACUGCUGCUCCCCACUCUCUCUGCCCACUUCUCUGCCUGCCAUAGGCUAAAUGUAAGUGAAAUAGGACAAAAUUCUCCACAGAAACAUGAGUAAAGAUCAGCAGUGACAGCACAGUUUCCGUAUUUAGAACUUCCUCAAGCCCCAGAGCCACUCCUCCAUCUCCUUCAGAAGAAUGAGCUCUGUCAUGUAACUGCACCAGCUCUCUUGCUCAGAAAAUGUUUUUUCUCACAAUUCUGCUGUUUUCCUACCCUCAAAUGUCUCAGCAGAUACAGAAAACUACUGCAAAUGGCAAAGAGAUGGUGUCCAAUCCCAAGCUGGUACUGGUUCAGGGGACUUUGAACGUGGUGAUGGAGCAGAAUGUGACCCUCUCCUGCCUCUCUCAGCCUGGAUCUCCCCCUGUCAGAUACACACUGUUCAAGCACAACCAGCAGGUAUCUGCUUUAAACAGGUCAGACUCGAGCCCUGCACUGUUCACCCUGACCAUCAGCUCUGCCAGUGAUGUGGGGGAAUACAAGUGCAAAGCUGAGUAUAACAACUCCAGUGGUGGAAAAUACAGCAACAGCCUCAACUUCACCCUCAUAGAGCCAAUCUCCAAACCAGUGCUGAGCUCACCCACCUCUCAGGCAAAGCAAGGCCAGAACGUGACCCUGUCCUGCUUCUCGGAGAACGGAUCCCUUCCCAUUACGUACCUAUUCUUCAAAGGAACACAAAACAUAUCCCCCCAAAAGACAAUGCAGAAGAGGGAAGCAGCUGUGAUUUCUCUAUUUAUCAAUUCCCUUAGUGACUUUGGAACCUAUAAAUGCAAAGCUAAAAACAGUUUCCCCAAUAUUACAAAAUACAGCAACGGUUUCAACUUUACAUUAGCAGAAGAGAGAAGCCAUUCUCAGCCCCUGAUAAUUUCUCUUGGGCUGAUCCUGCUACUACUUAUAAUAGGAUUUGCUCUGGCACUUCCAUUUUUCCUAAUUCCUUUGUAUAAAGCAAAAAAAUUUAAGUCUACCAGGCCCUCAAUUGGCCUUACUUCAACAGUGAAUGCAGAGGAGUCUGAAAAUGAAAUCAUAUACUCAGAGAUUGAGCCUGUUAGACCAGAAGAAGAAUACAUCAACUUCUCCAUUAUUAGAAGAGAAGAGGAAAAAGGUGAAAACCUCAAGCUAUAAUAUUGGAAUAUCUGAUGCACACAAAUGUGUUUUGAGGGGACUUUGCUGGGUGGAGGCAGGGCUUCAAUACUUGCAAUUGCUUAUGAAAUUGCUUAGCUACUAUGGAAAAAGUAAAAUAGCUUUAAAACUGUUUUGAGGAGGGGGGAGAAGAAGAAAACUCCAACAAACCAUCCUAUGGCAAAUUCAACAGCCUCACUGGGAAACCACACAGAUGUUAUUAGUAACCACAUGGCUGAUGUAACGUUAAUUCUUCUGUGUAUCUGUACCAAGAAAGCAGCUAUGAAUUAUGUUUUUCUGGCUUUUAACAGGGAAGGAAGCACGUGCUACAGUCUAUUCAAAGGUCCUCAUCAGAGACUGAGUACCAGCAACCUGGAAGACCCAGAUUUGACAGAAAACAGAUGCACCACCAAGUUCUAGCAGAACUGUUUGCAGAGAAACCACUGACUCCAUAACAACGCUGAAACCAAUUCAGGCAAAGAUGU